AUGCAGCACGACAUCGCGCGUGACAUCAACCAACUGGUGGAGAAGAUGAUCCUGGACGCCAAGCACAACUCCGAGACUAAGGUUGGCAAGGAGAUCCAGAAGCUCAAGAGCAAGAUGGACCAGAUGAAUGAGAAGAUCAGGGUCAUCUCCGAGAAGCUGAAUCGGCAGGAGGCCAGCAACGGGGGUGGCUUUCUCAAGUCCGACCUGCAGCAGAGCAUUUCGAAGCUCGAGGAGGUGUGGAACUCCGAGUGCGAGGCGCUGAAGCACGAGCUGUGGCAGACGAUCCAGGCGCACAACCACAACGCCGACCUCCUGAAGCACCACAAGGACGCGAUCGACCAGAUCCAGAUCAGCUGGACCGACGGCCCCUCGUACCUCGAGCUGGAGCAGGUGCACGCGCAGCUGGCCCAGGCGCAGAAUGUGGUGGAGCGAGAGCGCUCCAGGGAGCAGCAAAUCGACCAGCUCGUGCAGCGCAUCGCCAUCGCCCAGCAGCAGCUCACCGCCGGCGCGGGCGGCUGGGCCGCCGCCAUGGGGGGCAUGCCGGGCUUCCCG